CUCUGGGUGUAUGGGGCUCCCCCUCAACUGCUCCCUGGUGGUACCCAGCCCCCUGUGACUCCCCCCCCCCCAUUUCCCCAGCUCACAUCUGCUCUAUACUCUUCCGUCCAAAGUUGCCCCAACACCCAAGCUGUUGCCUGUCCUCCCUUGGGUGCCAAUUCCGUGCCCAUCUUGGUGACCUAGAGCCUCAGGACUGUCCAGGGUCACACAGGGCCAUCCUUGGGCAAGGCAGGGACUCAGACCUCAACCCUCCGCCUCCUACUCCCCGAGGGCCAGGCACUGAGCCUGCCCUGUGUGCCCCUGGCCCAGGUGCAGGCCCCUGACUUCGUGGCCCGCCAUGCAGCAACACUACAUGGCCCAGUUCACCAAGGGCGCCCAGGCCCCCUGUGAACGCUGCUUCUUGGAUCCUGAGUUGGGGCAUCAAAGAGGAUGCUGUCACCAGUUACGUCAGGACCCUGCGGCGCCUCGAGCCCAUGGGCCCUGUCGACCGUCCCCCCAGUCUCACUGGCAGCAGGCCUACCAUGGCCACCGGGGGGGUGGCAGCUGGCGCCGGGGCCCCCAGCCCCCCAUCCUGCAGCAGCGGCAGCGACAGCCCCUGCCCCCCAGCCCCCUACGGCAGCGGUUCUGCCCUGUGCACAGGUCCCCGAAGGGGACACUCACCGCCGCUCCCGUGAGAUCUGCCAGCGCCCCCCAGCUGCCCCCCAAACCCACCACAUCACCCAGUGCAACACCCAACAUGGCCAGCAGCGGCCCAGCAGAGCCCUUGGCAACCGGCGCCCUCCUGGAGCCCAGCGAGCCCACAGAAGCCCGGCCCCUGCCGGCACCCGCAGCCUGCGGCUCCUUCACCUUCUACGGCGCCGACAUCCUGACUGAGGAUGAUGUCUACUGCAGCUGCCUGGCCAAGACACUGUGCCAUGUGCCAGUCCCCGUGACCGUGGGUUUCUAUGCCCCCUUCGGCUGCCGCCUGCACAUGAUGUUAGACAAGAUAACCAUGCUGAUGCAGCAGGAGGCCACGCAGCGCGAAACCGAGGAACUGCAGCGCGUGCAGUGGCGACCCCGGCAGGUGCGGGGCUGGGGCGUCCCGCAGCUGCUGUGGUACCUGGUGUUCCUGCAGCCCAUCAUCACCGAGGUCCACCUGCGACGCAAAAACGUGGAGUUCCUCUUCAUCCGCUUCAGCGCCUGGCAGUACGCGGGCACCGACAAGCUGUGGGCCGGGCUGGUGACCACGCUGUGCGAGGGCAUCCGCCACCACUACGGCGCGCUGCCCUUCAGCGUGUACUCGGUGCUGGGGAACAAACCCGUCACGACGGCGAAGAGCUUCUGCCAGCGCGAGUGGCACUGCCGGACUCGCGUGUGCCUGGCGCUGCUGGCGCUGCUGGCGGCGCUGGGCCUGGGCGUGGGGCUGCUCUACCUGUCCCUGUGCAGCAGCCACACGGGGAGCCAUGCCGGGGCGGCGGGCGGCCACCUGCUCAAGGUGUUCGGCGGUGCGGCCACCACGCUGUCGGGCUCCGGGCUGCUCAUGGCCGUGUACUCGCUGGGCAAGCACCUGUUCGUGAGCCAGCGCAAGAAGAUCGAGCGGCUGGUGUCUCGCGAGAAGUUCGGCAGCCAGCUGGGCUUCAUGUGCGAGGUGAAGAAGGAAGUGGAACUGCUGACGGACUUCCUGAGUUUCCUGGAGAUCUACCAGCGGCGCCGGCUGCGCGUGGUGCUCGAGGUCACCGGGCUGGACACGUGCUACCCGGAGCGCGUGGUGGGCGUGCUCAACGCCAUCAACACGCUGCUCUCCGACAGCCACGCGCCCUUCAUCUUCAUCCUGGUGGUGGACCCCAGCAUCCUGGCCGCCUGCCUGGAGAGCGCCGGGAACAUGAAAGGCACGGCGGAUAACGGCUACCUCUUCCUCAACCGCACCGUCACGCUGCCUUUCUCCGUGCCCAUCAUGGGCCGCCGCACCAAGCUCCAGUUCCUGCACGACGCCGUGCAGAGUCGCGACGACCUGUUGUAUCGCGAGAUUACGCGCAAGCUGCGGCUGCCCGUGGGUGAGGGCGCAGGCGUGGGCGGCGCCGGGGUCAGCGAGGGCACGCAGCUGCUGGAGGUGGAGACGCAGGGCGCGCACACGCAGGGCCACAUCGAUGAGGCGGCGGCACGCCGCAUCCACGAGGCGCUCCUCUGCCUGCACGACGAGCGCGACUGUCUCUACGAGUAUGUGCCGGACAACGUGGUGUCCAUGCGGCGCAUCGUCAACACCGUGCCCAUCACCGUGCGCCUGCUGCAGCAGCAGCAGCAGGCCGACUGCGUGGGGCCCACGCCGCGCCAGGCCGUGGCUUGGGUGGUGCUUGCCAACCAGUGGCCUUGUCGCCUCAGCUGGGUGUUGCAAUGCCUGGAGGACCGGCAGCAGGCAGGGGGCGCGCCCGAUGGUCGGGCCCGCCUCUGGGACGUGUUCUGCGACAAUAGUCGCGAGCUGCACACCAUGACCAAGGCGCUGCAGAACGUGCUCGACCUGGAUGGGGACCCCGAGCUCUUUGAGCGAUUCCUGGGGGGCGAUUUUCCCUUCACUGUGGCCGAGGCACAGAGCCUGCUCCGAUGUACAGUUAACCUAGACCACUCCAUCCGCCGUCGCAUGGGUCUCAUCCGAGCAGUCAGUGCCCUCAAGCCCCCCAGCCCACCCAGGUCCCCCGCCUCCUCGGAUGCCCCCCAUGCAGCCAACAGAGCCAGCAAUGCAGCCCCAGCCAGCCGGAUAUCAAGGCAGGCCAAUGAAGUCCAUGCUCAGGACUGGGCCCAGGGAGGCAAGUCAAAGCAGGUGGAUUGAGUUCCCAAAGGGUGGGCCUGGAAUGGGGGCCUCCUGUCUGGAUGACAGUGGCAGGGAUGGGCCUGGGCCUCAGGCCCUACAUGGAGAAGGCCAUUGGUGGCCACACACCCCUAGACUGGCUCUGGGAGCAGGAGUGGGAGGCAGGCUAUGUCCUCCAGGAGUGGACCUGUACCACUGAGAGCCCAGGGAAGGACCAGUGAAGAACAAGGAGUUCAAGUGCAAUAAAGGAUAUGGAAAUCUGGGUUGUUCUUCAUGGCCUGGAUUUCCUGGCUCCAUGAGGCCCAGAACCAGGCCUGCCUCGCCCUGCCCAGCCCACUUCCUCCCCAGUUUG